AUGUCGAAUUCAGGCUUGGGCCCCCCGGGGACGGGGACAUAUGCUUCCAAUAUUCUCAACGUCGGAGAUGGGACAUGGGAUUCUCAGCGCAAUACCUUCCUUCUGCCCAAUCUGAUGGGCCUCAACUUUGAGGCGAUGCAGUAUAACGGAAUGGGAAAUAGAUUCCGAAACUUGCCCGGGUACCAUUCUCUCAUACGAGCACACGGAGUACUCGCCGCAAUCACCUUCCUUGGCCUCGUGCCCAUUUCUAUCCUGCUCGCCCGGUUCUACUCGAGAAGCCCCUACUGGGCCCUGCGCCUGCAUAUAUGGAUGCAGAUACUCACCCUUUUCUUGACCACUGUGGUGUUUACUCUCGGCUGGUUUGCGGUGGGGCCAAAUAGAAGUCUAACUAACCCUCACCACGGAAUUGGGCUGGCGAUAUAUGUGAUGGUGAUUUUUCAGACGUUUUGGGGAUGGUUCAUACAUAGUGGUAUGAAGGGGAAGCGCUGGCCGCAUCUUCCUCUCAAGUUAAUGAUCCAUCAUUGGCUCGGAAGAUCCUUAGCUUUACUUGGUAUCGCACAGAUCCCACUUGGCUUAACUCUAUACGGCUCUCCGCUUUCACUAUUUAUUCUUUUCGCGUUGGCUACAUUCGCUUUGGUCCUUACUUAUUUUAUCCUCACCUAUCUCCAUGAACGACGCAUUGGCGCAGGAUAUGGUCCCCGGGGAAACUAUUCUGGCCCAGAAGUUAUAGACGAUGAUCAAAAUCAUGGAAAUUUCGGCCGUCUGGCGGCUGCGGGGGCUGCGGGUGCCGGAUUGGCUAUGCUAGGCAACCAGUUACGUGGUCGAAGAAGGAGUCGCAGCCGGAGCAGAAGCAGAAGCAGAAGCCGUAGUAGAAGCGACAGUCGAAGUAGAUCCCGUGAUUCGGCGAGGACGCCCUAUAUCAACGAAAAGGAAUCCCACCAUGGGGGUUGGGGGAAGAAGCUAUUGGGAUUUGGUGCACUUGCAGGGGCUCUAGGCUUGGGAAAGAAAGCCUAUGAUAGGCGCCAUGACCGUGAUGAUUACACUGUCACCGAUAGCUAUGAUGAUUCUCUGAGUCGCGUGGAAGAAGGACGGCCGCCCCCUCCGCCAUCACCCCGGCGCCACGGUCCUUACCACGGUGCCCCGAGUGAAGACCAUACUGCCUACACUGAGACCGAUUAUUUCACGCAGACUGAUGAUUCUAGACACGGUGGCCAUCCUGUACGCAAUGCCCUUCUUGGAGCAGGCGCAUUUGCUGCUGUGAAAAGUUUCUUCGGCCGAGGCAAGUCAAAAGAAGACCGUCGCGUCGAGCAGAUAAGACAAGAAGACCUCGAAAAUGAACGAAUCGCCCGAGCCAACAGUAAAAGAAAACACCAUGCAGACAGGCGCUAUCCAAGACCGCAUUCCCCAACCAGUGAGCUAACCUCUGAAGCUGUUGCUGGGCCAUCAGGCACCACUGGACGUCCACCUCCACCAGCUGCCUCGUCAGUAGCUGAUAUACCACCUAGCCCCGGACGCAAACAUCGAAGUCACCACAGAUACCCAUCCACACUCGGUGCAGGCACCGCUGUCGCGGCAGCUGAAACCGCCGGGUCAGGUCACAGAAGGCGGAGUGGAAACCGUGAAGAUCCAUAUGACUCUCCCCAGGUUGCUAUAACGGUCAAACCCGAAGGCCGCCAUGUGACAUUGCGACAGCUCACGAAGGAAGAAAAACGAGCAGAGCGUGAAGCUCGUCGUCGUGAUCACCGACGUCAAGGGCGGGAAGGUUCUUUCUCGGACGAUGAUCACUGGCGCCGCGUCGAAGAACGUGAACGACAACAAGCACAGGAGGGUUCUCAUGCACCCUCGCAUUCGCAAGUACCGUCACAAGCACCGGCACCAGUACCAGCAGCUCACUCGCAAGUGCCGUCUCACCUGCAGGUGCCAGGAUCACGGAUUGAUCCGCCGCAGUCUCCUGUAUCUCAGCCAGUAGCUCCUCCGCCUGCUGGUUCUGCCGCCGCUCCGUCAUCAAUACCCGCUCCACCACCUCCGUUACCCAUAAGUCACGCCGGACUUAAUUCACCAGGUACGGUAAGCACGGAAUUGAGCGGUAGCUAUGCCAGUAGAAGUGGCAGACGGCGCGCAGAACGACGCAUUGCCAGAAGCCAGCGCCAACAAAGCGUCGAUUGGACAUAA